AUGGCGACCCUGGAGCCUUCCUCGGGUCUGAUGGAUAUUGCCCAGUCACUUACCCAAGAUGAGAUUCCUUUUAAACUUCGUUGCGCCAUCUGCAACAAGCUGGCCUUGAACGCAUUCCGCCUACCCUGCUGUGACCAGGCUAUCUGUGAAAACUGUAAGGAAUGCCCUUGGUUGAAUGGCUCUUCUGAAACGAAUCCUGACAGAAGUUCUUUAGGCCAAGGCUCCCUCCCGGAGAGUUGCCCCGUUUGCGCUCACGCACCGCUCGAUGCGAGUCUCUGCAAACCGAAUAAGGCCCUGCGGACAACUCUGAAAGCGUUCUUACGAACCGAGGAGAAGAAACGCGAAAGAGACCGGCCACCCGCCAAACCCGCCACAGAACCUACCCCGUCGACGAUAGAAACUCCAAGUGAGACACCAACCCCCGCAACGGACCUCCCACAGACAAAAACUAUCGAACAAAACAUCUCGGAACAACCUGAAAACCAUAUACAACCCCCAGUUGACGAUGGGAAACCGGGACCCCUUACACCGAAAUCUCCUUCCGCCAAUGCCGCUAGCACUGAAAAUGAAACCACGCCCGCAAAACAACACGAAGUCACUGCCCCCCAUGAUACUAACCCCGAUACCGCGGUUGAUGAAACACCACCGUCUCCCAAAGCCCCGUCGCAAGCGCCCGAUGAUCAGAAUCCCACAGCCGAACGUGACGCCAGUGCCGCCCAGAAUCUCGUCCAGGCUGGCCAGACUUUAGACAAUGGUAUAGGGAUGGGGUCAAAUAAUCCAACCGGAUUCCAACCAGUGGGUUGGCAAGGCCCUAAUUUCAACCAAAUGAUGCCCCCUUUUAUGGCCAAUGGAAUGCAACCGCCUGGCAUGAUGUCCUUUGCGAACCAGAUGGGCCCGCCCGGCAUGUCUGGAAUGGGAAUCGAUCCGAUGGUUGCAUCUCAGGGAAUGUUUACGGAUUACGGAAUGAACAUGAAUGGCAUGAAUGGUGAUAUGAGCAUGGGAAUGAAUUUCAAUAACGGUCAAGGAAUGUAUGGAAGCUGGGAUGUUCAGAACAAUAUGUGGAAUGGAGGCCCAGAUAAAUUCAAUGCAAAUGCAUUCGCUAAUCGCUUGGGUGCCGACUUUGGCCCUUAUUCUGGAUAUCCUGGAUAUAAUAUGUCUCAACCACAGGGAAAUUAUCCUCACAUGCACCAUCCUAGCAAUGAGUUCCAUGGGUCCUAUGGCCCGUAUGGCCGCGGUUCUGGCCGUGGACGCGGUUUCGGCGGUCGUGGUCGCGGCGGUUAUACCAUGACGGGUAUGCAUGAUAAUUACCAUUCUGCUAACCUAGGACCCUUCCAGCAUCAAAUCCCACCGCACCUCCAAAGUAAUGGCGGCCCCGCCACGAUGGAACAACCAACCGACACCCCUGAGAACAUGCAGCGCAAGUUCAAUGACGAGCUUUGCCCUGGUGGCGAGGACGAUUUGCGUGAGCAUCAGCCCGCAGACGAAGCGGCAAAAUCCGCAGAUGAUACCCCGACAGUUGACCCGUCGUCUGGCGAAGCGAAACCGGCGACAGAAACGGAAGACGAUGGCCCCCAAACGUCGGCGAUUCCAACCACGACUGAUGUCGAGUCUGGCGAUAGGAAUACUGCGGAUGCAACAGAAGUAAAGUCUGGUCCCCAAUCCGUCGGAAACAGCAUCCCAGUCGUUGGGGAGAAUUACCCACCGCAUUACGGUCCUAACUAUUUUCCCAACGGGCCAGCUGGCUAUGCGUCCUCGCAACCAUCUGUAUCUUCCAAGUACGGGUUCAGUAUGGAGCCAAGGGGUAUGGGGGUGGCAGGAGCGCCAGCGGCACCACGCGCAAUGAGGGAGGGACUGCCAAAUACUAGUAUUCGUAAUCCUAGAGGAUUUGCGAUUUUAGGACGUGCAAACGUACAAUCUACUCAGAGUGUAGACGCCCAGAGUGCUUCCGCCGCUAAAUCAGUCGAUGAUAACCGAUCCCGGAGCAAGCCAAGAUCACGAUCUAGAUCUAGAUCUAGGUCUCGCUCGCGCUCACGGUCACCGUCGCGAAGGUCGCGUUCCCAUAGACGUCGAAGCCGCUCGCGCUAUAGGAGUUAUUCGCGCUCCAGGUCCCCAGAAUCUUCACGUGAAACUGAUGAAAACCGUAACAAGGAGAGUAGAAAGUCACGCAAGGACUCCGAUAGGGACAGAGAAUCAAGCGUUCGAUCCAGGUCAUAUUCUGUUGAAACCUCGUAUAGGUCAUCUCACCGCAGCCGUCGUGACAGGGGUCGGCGCGGUGACGAGAAAAGCAUGACAUCCCGUCGCCAUCGAAGUCCUACGCGAAGGGACACAUUGGACGAUUCCAAGUCUUCUAAAUCGCAGAAAACGGGCGAGGAUAGCGAGAGCCGACGGCUGGCGCGUGCCAGGGAGAGAGAAGAUCGGUACCGCCGCCGUGAACGGGAUCGAGAACGAGACCCUGAUCGCAGCCGCAGGGAUCGAGAGCGGGACAAGGAUCGUGAUCGGGAAAAGCAUCGAGAACGGGAUAGGGACAGGGAGAGAGACAAGAAUCGGGAGCGAGACCGGGACAGAGAUCGAGAUAAAGAGAGAGAAAAGCCCAGAGAUCGUGGCCGCGACAAGGAUCGUGAGCGGAAGCGUCGUCGCGAGAGAUCCGAAUCGCGGGCGGAAAGCGAGCCUUGGCGACGACAGGCACGACGUGCGCGACGUGAAGAAGCCGAUGACCCGGUGAAUGGUAGCCGGGAGAAGAAAUUAGCGGACCGAGUCCAGGCCAGCGAUGCAUCGACGAAGCCCGCGACCGAAGAGAAAGAUCCACAUACUCUGGAGCGUGAAGCGAGAAAUCGGGAGCGAUUGCUGAAAGAGCAGCAACGCCGGGAGGCAAUGAAUGCCGAUCGCGAUGGCAGGAAUGGCCGCCAGCAUGAUGCCAAAGGAGACAGGAGUCUGCUGGGAGGAAGGCGUCUGAGUUAUAAGUAUGAGGAUGAGGCUAGCGAUCAGGCAAGGGCGGCGCGUGUGGAGCAGGAGAGAGAGGCGGCUCGAUGGGGGUAG